GGGAUGCACUGAUGUCACGGGGACACGAGGAGUGGGGGAUACGGGAGACGCGCGGAGGUCACGGCGACAUGGAGGAUGGGGCAUGCGGGGACAGAUCACGGGGACACAGGAUGGGGGAUGUGAGACACGCAAUACAUGGACAUGGGAGGUUUGGGGCGCGGGGUACACAGCAUAGGAACAGAAAAAAUGGACAGUGGAGGGGGGUGCAGGAUGCAAAGGACAGUGGUGGGAAGGAUGGGGAGCAGGGGAAGUCACAAGUGGGAUAUAAAGGGUGGGGGACAUGUGAGACCCAAAACAUGGGAGGUGGGACUGGAAGGACAAAUGGACACAGAGAUCACAAAGGAUGGGGAACAUGUGGGUUCUCUGGGAUACAAAGACACAGACACAAAGAUGGGACUUGAAAGACACAUGAUGUGAUCCUGGACACAAAAGAUGAUGGAUGCAGAGGACAUGGGGACGUGAAGGAGGGGGUGACAUCAAAGGUGGGGGAUGCAAUGGGGGAUACAAGGGAUCCCUGGCAGCAAAGACAGGUUGGGGGGAGGAACACGAGGAACCUGCUGGCCUGGGCAGUGGCUGAAGAAAGUGACCAAAGCCUCUUUUUAGUUUAAAGUGGCUUUGUAGAUUUUGAUAACAGAAAAACAAUUCUUGUGGAGAGGCCAGGAGCUUCCCUUUCCAAGUUAUGAUUUCCACCUUUGAAGGGUGGUCUCUCCCACUUCCAAAUCAGGACUUAGCCCACAGUUUCCUCUGCAGCUGGAAAUCCAGUAAUGCUCAUUAAAAGGGGCUUUUCUAGUAAACUCCGUCUGCAACACCUGGUUAUCUUGUCUGGAGUCACACCUACUGCCUGGUGGGUUUGCAGUGAGGUUUCCCAGGAACAGGAAGAUUUGACCAGUGUUAGACCAGUUGGGCGCACUGGCCACCUGGCACUGGCCAUCUUCCUGCCUUGAGCAAGUCUCUUGAGCUGGGUAGUCUCUUCAGAAGGGGGUUCCAGUGAAGAGGAGGGAAGCACUGUCUCACACUGCUGUUGUCCCGCCCCUGCACUGCAGCUCCUCAUCGCUCACCGGAGGAGAACUGGUUGCUGCUUCUACCCCCGUGCCUGGCCCAGCCUCAGGAGCACAGACUGGUGGGAGCGGGUGGUCCUAAAGGAGUUUGGGCCCCAGGACUGGUUGGAGAAGUUUCGGAUGUCCAAGGAGACUUUCUUCUACAUCUGCAACCAGCUGCGGCCUGGGCUGGCUCCACACAGUGCCCACUUCCACCCCACCCUGCCCCUGGAGAAGAGGGUGGCUGUGGCCCUGUGGCACUUGGCCACCAAUGUGGAGUACCAGACUCUGAGCCCACUCUUUGGUGUGGGGCCCUCCACGGUGCAGAGCUGUGUCCGGGAGGUGAGCUACGCUGUUGUCUUGCUGCUGAAGCCGCUUUACCUCCGACUGCCUGACGAGAAGGAGCUGGAGAACAUGGUGCGCAUCUUCUGCACACGCUGGGGCUUCCCACACUGCAUUGGGGCACUGGACAGUCUGCACAUCCCCAUUCACCCACCCCUGCGCCUCACCGCCGACUACUGCAACGGCCAGGGCUGGCACUCCAUCCUCACGCAGGCCACUGUGGAUGGGCUGGGGCAGUUCUGGGACGUCUCCACUGCCUUUCCAGGCAGCAUGGAGAACAGCGCAGUCCUAGAGAGCUCCAGCUUGUGGGUGCUGGCCAAGGAAGGCCGGCUGUGCCCCAAUCCUCCCAAGCAUUUCAUGGGGAAGGCACAGAAGUAUGUGCUGCUGGGCGAUGCCACGUACCCCCUGCAAGACUGGAUCCUCAAGCCCUACCAGGAGGAUGAGAACCUCACCCAGCGCCAGCUGCAGUUCAACUACCGCCUGAAGCGGGCCCACAGCGUGAUAGAGAAUGCCUUCCUGCGCCUCAAGGCACGCUGGCAGAUCCUCCUCAAGUGUGACGACUGCAGCCUGGAGCUGUUGCCCACCCUCGUCCUCGCCUGCUGCAUCCUGCACAACGUUUGUGAGGCCCACGACAACCCCUUCAACGAGGAGUGGCUGGAGGGCACCGAGCCCACCGAGCUGCCCAAGCCCUGCCAGCCUGCUCCAGCUGCCAUGGAGGACAACCGGGCUGAGCAAGUGCGUGAGCUGAUGUGCCAGUACUUCGAGAGCUGUGGGGAGGGCUGAUGGGCCUGGGGAGCAGCUGCCCUGCACAUCCCUGCUUGCAGACUCACCAUGGACUCUGGCAAAUUGGCCCAGUGCUACCAGCUGUACGAGAUGGGAAGGGGCGGCCGUGUCACUCAUCCUGGGUUUGCUGUAGAGGUUUCAGGCAGUGGAAUGUAUUUUGUGCCCAUUCUCUCUCCCAGGA